AUGGACAAUCUGGGAGGGGUGGAGUGGGAAAACUGUAAUUGGCUCAGCGGGGCCAAACAAGCUCUUCUCGUUAGCCUCAUGUCAACAUUACGUCUCUUCCUUUCGGGUCAUGGGCCUUCCAGCUCUCGGCAAAUAUCAGUCCCUUCCAUCAUCAACCUAGAACCUUUCAACCAAACAUUUUACGACUUCAAGAGGGCUCAACUCGAAAAGACAAUAAACUGGGUAGAAAAAGCCGAUCGCAGGCACGGAAAAGGUUCGUGA